UGCGUCAGUAUCGUUAAUUAUACAAAUAUUUCUAUUUUAUCACAUCGAAACAUUUCUUUUUUUGCGUGACACACGAAUUCUGCUGAGGUUGUUGUCAAAAGUCUAUACGUUUUUCCGCGCGAAAUUCGAUGGUUUUGUGAUAUUCGUCGUCGUACAACCGUGCAGUAGUUGUUAGUCGUCUAUCGACUCAAAAUCGCAUUAGUUUCAUGCAACAACACUAUUCAAUUACAUUCGAAAAUUUUUCGGUUAAACAUACUUUUGGAUACCCUUACGAAUAAUGAAGACACAGUACUGGAGUUGGUUGUUUUUGGAAAUAUUAUUGCGAUCGAUAUUAGUUCAAACUCAUCAAUCGAAUAGCAUAAAAAUAGGAGCCCUGUUUACACAUGAGCAAAGAAAUAGUAGUAUUGAAAUAGCGUUCAAAUUCGCAGUAAAUCAAAUUAAUCGUGAUGCUAAUCUACUGCCACAUACCCAAGUAUCUUACGACAUUCAAUACGUACCGAAUGACAAUAGUUUUUACACAAUGAAAACAGCAUGCAAUCAACUCGAUCGGGGCAUCUCGGCUCUUUUCGGUCCGGCCGAUAGUUACUUGGCUUCUCACGUGCAUUCCAUGUGCGACGCUUUAGAUCUACCUCACAUAGAGUCAAGACUGGAUUUAGAAACGGAACCCAAAAGGUUAUCCAUCAACUUGUAUCCAAAACAGAGCCUGCUGAAUCAGGCUUACAGCGAUGUAAUAUCGUUUUUGAAUUGGACAAAAAUGGCCAUCAUAUACGAACACGACUAUGACUUGUUCAGAAUGAAAGAUUUCAUGAAAACCGUACCAGAUAGAAAAAUGGUAGACGUGUAUUUAAGACACGCUACCCCCGAAACAUAUAGAUCGGUGUUGAAUGAGAUAAAAAACCUCGAGAUUUACAAUAUGCUGGUCGAUACGAAAUCGAAACACGUGAAUCAUUUUCUAAGAGGCAUACUGCAGCUCCAGAUGAACGAUUACAAAUUUCAUUAUCUUUUCACAUCAUUUGACAUGGAAAUGUUUGACUUGGAAGACUUCAAAUACAAUUUUGUAAAUCUGACAACUUUCAGAAUGGUGGAUAUUGAAGACGUCGGUGUUCGCGAAGUACUCAAACACAUGGAAAAGUAUUCGAGCGAAAAAAACCAAACAAUCAACAAGUUUAUGUUGACGCAGUGUGAACCAGCUCUAAUGUAUGACUCCGUGCAAGUAUUGGCAGUCGGCUUGGGUGCACUUCAACAGAACAAUAUACUCGAAUACCCGAACAUUUCCUGCAAAAACGAAGUGCCUUGGGCGAACGGCUCAAGUUUGAUAAACUACAUCAAUUCGGUAGAAAUAAAAGGGCUCACUGGACCAAUACAGUUCAAAAGAGGUCGGAGGACUGAUUUCAAAUUAGACUUGAUGAAACUUAAACAACACGCACUAUCUAAAGUCGGCGAAUGGACACCCGGACUAGGUGUAAACAUCACCGACAUGUCAGCAUUCCACGAUACGGCUCCUUAUAACAUCACACUUGUUGUUGUCACAAUUGUGGAAUUUCCUUACGUCAUGAUGCAUCGUGGUAAAAACUACACGGGCAAUGCAAGAUUUUUCGGAUUUUGUGUUGAUUUGUUAGAAAUGAUUGCUAAACAGGUUGGAUUUGAUUACAUUUUGGAUUUAGUACCUGAUAACAAAUAUGGUGCUCAAGAUCCGAUGACUUUAGAAUGGAAUGGUAUUGUCGAGCAACUCAUAAAACAUAAAGCAGAUUUAGCUGUUGGAUCAAUGACCAUUAACUAUGCUCGAGAAAGUGUUAUUGACUUUACCAAACCAUUUAUGAAUUUGGGUAUCAGUAUUUUAUAUAAGAUCCCUAGCAAUCAACCGGCACAAUUCUUUUCAUUCAUGAAUCCACUGGCUCUAGAAGUAUGGAUUUACUGGCUAAUUGCAUACAUAGUGGUAUCCGUCACAUUAUACAUCGUAGCCAGAUUUUCACCGUAUGAAUGGGAGGACGAAAAUUCCGGGAAAUUGUUCAGCAGCCCGAAACAAGAUCCCAAUCCAUCCCAUUUAAACAGAUUCACAUUGUCUAAUAGUUUUUGGUUCACCAUUGGUUCACUUAUGCAACAAGGUUCAGACAUCAGUCCAAAGGCUAUUUCCACGAAAAUAAUCGGAUGUGUUUGGUGGUCAUUUACAUUGAUUAUUGUAUCUUCUUAUACAGCAAAUUUAGCUGCUUUUCUGACGGUUGAAAGAAUGGUAAGCCCUAUUGAAAAUGCAGAAGAUCUUGCUGCACAAACAAACAUAGCUUAUGGUACAUUGGACAGUGGAACAACAAUGACAUUUUUUAGGGACUCAAUGAUCGAAACGUAUAAGAAAAUGUGGGCGUACAUGCAAAAGAAAAAACCUUCGGUGUUUGUGACGUCGUAUGACGAAGGCAUAAAAAGGGUAUUGCAAGGUAACUUCGCGUUUCUGAUGGAAUCCACAAUGCUCGAUUACGUAGUACAGAGAAACUGCAACCUGACACAGAUAAACGGGUUGCUAGAUUCAAAAGGAUAUGGAAUAGCCACGCCCAUGGGUUCGCCGUGGAAAGAUCAGAUAUCUUUGGCGAUUUUAGAUCUACAAGAGAAGGGUGAUAUACAAAUGCUGUACAACAAAUGGUGGAAGCCACCCAAUGACAUGUGUGUGUCUGAGAAAUCUGGAGCAGGAACAAAAACUAACACACUGGAUUUCAAGAAUAUAUGUGGAGUAUUUGCCGUGCUUCUAGUGGGACUCGUCAUAUCAAUAAUGGUGUCCAUUUUUGAGUUUUACCAUUAUAGAAAGAAAAUAAAACUCAUCGAACAGCAAAUCGGACCUCAGAGAUCCACGUGGAGGGACUUAAUUGAUGAAUUAUGGUUUGUUUUAAAAUGCCAAGGUUCCAGACAACAAACCGUAUUGACGCACAGAUGCGAGCAGUGUCAUCCAAAAACCAAAAUUACAGAACGCCGUUCGCGAAGGGAUUUCAUGGAAGCCAACAGAUUGUAGAAAGCAGAACGUUUAUCUUGUCGAUUAUAUUGUAGGUGAUAUAAUUAUUGUCACGCGUAAGUGUUAACGUUAGAAAUAAUAUUUUGAUUUUUAGUCAACCGAUUCCAUAUUUUAUUUUAUUGCACAUUCUCAAAAUAGAUUCGACAUUGAAAAAUGUUUUCAAUCUAUUCGUUGCGUAUGAAAUAUGUUUAGGUGUAAAAAAUAAUAGUUCGGUAAAUUAAUGUAAUACAUUCGAUUUGACGUUUCAGCACACAUAUUAUUGAACAUUACAUUGAAUAUUUUUUAAUUACUAUAAAAUGAUGCAAUUGAAUCUUAAAACAUCAAAACUUCAAAUUCAAUUCUAACUAUAGUUAUAACAACAAUAGUUAGUUAUUCUAACUACAGUUUAUUACAUGUUCAGUCCGAUUGUAUAAACUAAAUAUUAUUCGUGAUUCAUUCAUUAUUCAAGUGGUGCACAUAAACAUAAAAAAAAAAAAAAACUGACACAAAUUGACAAAUUAUAUUU